AAAUUCAAAUACAAAAGUGCAUUGAAAGAGAAAACACCACGCAAAUUAAAACGCCUAGCAAAGAAUUAAAAGAACAAAAAAAUUUAUUAUAUUUUAUUUUUUAUUUAUAUUUAAAAAUUUUCUUGUAUUAAAUUAGAAAAAUAAUGUAAAAUAAACUACAACAAGAAAUAAAAUAAUUCAUACCAAGACAAAAUUCAACUCCCUUCUAUGUACAUAAACUAACACAAGUUAAAAAAAAAAAAAGUAACAAAAGCUACAAAUUUUCCACAAGACUGAGAUAAUUAUAACAAAAUAAAUAAAGUUUUUUUGAAAGAUAAACUUUGAAGAAGGAAACUUAAUCAUUUACUGAUCUCAUAAUAAAAAAAAUAAAUAAAAAGGAAUAUACAAAACUAACUCCUUUCAAAAGAACCAAAGACAAAAGCAAUUAAAUAAAAACAAAAACAAAAAACUACAACUAAAAAAAAAAAAAACAGAAGGAACAGGAACUCCAAUUCGACUGUGAUCUUAAAAUUUGCUGCAAAGAAUCUGUGUGUGGGAGCGAGUAUAUUAUUUACAUAACAAAUCUCAGCUGAAACGAGAAAUCAUCCUACAAUCAUUAUCAUAACCAUCCGAAAGCUCCUUAGCAUUUAAACACAAAGAAAUUACAACAACAACAACAAACAAGGUUCCAUAUAGGAAAAUCCUUGUUUAAACCGAAACAGCGGUAUCCUUUCUGCAUAUAAUGUUUAAUAGUCUAGCAAAUCUACUAUUUGGAUCGAACACUAAUACGUCUACUAAUCCUGAGAGUACUAAUCGCAUUGAGGAAAUCCUAGAAGACAACAACACUACAUCCAUUAAUAAUUCCUCCUUACAAGCAACUACUGCAAUUGGACAUACUGACAAUAAUUAUCAAAACGUAAGUAAUAGAUCGAUUGACGAUCAUCUGAAUAAAUUGAUCUCAAUCGAUCAUAAUAACGACGGCGUCGCCAACAACGACGACGACGACGAAGAAUUAGACGACGACUGGCUAUUGGUUAAUAGGGAAGACGACGAGGAGGAAAGUCUCCCUCGGACCGAUUCCGAAGAGGAGCUGCCAUUUGUUGAGAUCAAACGUAGUCCAACUUUUCAGCAAAGACCAACUCGUAAUAGCAAUCACCAUUCCCUUUCAGCAUAUCAUCAGCGUACUAUAGCCUUACGUUACGACGGUGGUGGACUUACACAGUCUCUCUAUGUUGUUCCAUCGUCCGCCGAUUAUAACAAUGGCAAUGCCAUCACUAAUCUUCCAACGCACAUUUCUAUGGAAGAAUCAUGGUUCCUGACACCGCCACCAUGUUUUACAUCAACAGGACCUGUAAAUAUGGAGACAUCUCCAUUUGAAAAUUUACUGAUUGAACAUCCAAGUAUGUCAGUGUACCAUAGUAUUAGGUCAGCCCAAGAGGCAGCCGAAAGUUUUGUCAAUCUUGAUCUCGGGGUGGAUGAAUCUCAAAAUGGAACAAGGACCGUUGUUGAACAUUCAACUGAUCGGAAUCAAUAUGUUGCCCCUCGUGUUGCAAGGAAUCGUGUUGAACGCCUUAACGCGACACAAAUCAAAAUGGAGUACCUGACCCGCACUGCACAGAAGGACCAUGACAAAAAGGAGCGUCAAACUAUCUGUCGCGGAGCUAUCAAACGUUCGAAUAAAGCUCGUGAGUAUAAUAGCCGAGGCAAUCGCCAGCGUCGUUCUGACAUGCAACACAGCAAGGUCAACAGCGGUGCCAACAACAACCGCAAAUGCUAAACGAUUUAUCUGAAUGCUUUUUUUUCUAAGAACUUUUAAUCGUCGUCGUUGCAUGCAGAUAUGUAUUUGCUCUCCACAAAAAAUGACAACAAAAACAUCAUUAUAUAAAAUUUAAAAAAAAAAAAAAAAAACAAAUAACGCACCCCCACAAUAAACUAAAAAAAAUUUAAAAAUUUUAAUUAAUAUAAACAACAAAAAAAAACAAAUUAAAUUUAAAUGUAUAGAUUACGUAAAUUAAAAAAAAAAUUAUUAUACAACAAAUUACACACAUAUAAAAUGAAUAAAUGUGACAAAAGAAUAUAAUAAUUACAAUAACAAAAAAAAAAAAAAACUAUAUUUAUUUAAAUUAAAUUUUUCAAUUUUUAUUGAAUUAAAUUUAUGAAUGUAAAUUUAAUUGUUAAAUAGUUUCAAUUCAAUUCACUUAACAUUACUUCUUCUUCCCUCCCCAUAUUAUUAUACUCAUAGUCACCUCUUUCACAUUUAAAACAAAAAAUUCUAUAAAAUAAAAAUAUUUUUUAUUCAAAUUAAAAGAAAAUUUACAAAAAAUAAAAAAAAAAAUUGUGAUAUUGUUGAGCGCGAAAAAAGUGCGAGAGAAGAAAAAUGAAAAAAAAAAACAAAACAAAACAAUAAUAUUAAAGAAAAACCAUUGUAUGUUCUAGAACAAAAAGGAAUGUCAUCCUCUCUUAUUAAAAUAUAAAAUAAUUUUCUAAAUAGAAUUGUAAAUGAUGAUAGAAAUCAAAUAUUCUAUAUACAGUGUGCUUAAGGACGAUCAGGAUCAGUGUUGUGUGCAAUGUAAAUUGUAAGUAAAAGUAUAUAUUUAACACUUUUGGCAAAAAAAAAAAAUGAAACAAAUAAACGAUACUUUUUUACAUGGGACUAAGCAUAAGGGUAAAAUAGUUUAAUUCAAAAACAAAAAUGUGUAAGUUUUUCAGACGAAAAUAAAAAAAUUCUAAAAAUUAAAUAUUUUAUUUAGAGUAAAAAAUAUAAAAGAAAGAAAAAUACAAGGAGCAAUAUUUUUUAAAUACAUUUUAUCUUAAAAAUAUUAAAAAGAAAAAUUUAAACUAUUUCAUUGGUGCAAAUUUGUAAAACAAUGAUCAUUACCUACUCCUGUAGCACAUUUAACAUUAUCCUGAAAAUCUGAUAAAAAUUAAGAAAUCAAAUGGCAUUAUAUUUUAUUUAUGAGUUUAAUUUUCAAAGAAAAACAUAAAUAUUUUAUUUUUUUUUUAUUUAUCAGCAAAUUUAAUUAUAAUUAAAUUUUAUUUUUAAUCAUAUUAUAUGUGUUUUUUCAUAUCAUUUUGAAAGAAAACAAAAAUUAUAUAAAAGCUUCUUCAAUCAUUGCUUAAAUAGUUAUUUAACAAAAAAAACAUAUUAAACUUAUUAUAUUUACCUAUAAAUAUUAAAAUUUCUUCUAAAAUAAAAAUUAAAACAAAUAAAAAAAAACAUAAAAGCACUCAUGUGAUCAGUUAAGAAAUUGUUCGUUACAAGAUUACUUUUAAUUAGAAAAAAUAUUAAAAUUACAAGUAAACUGCCUGAGAAUAAAAAUAAUUAUCAUUAUUAAAAUAGGCCACUAUUGAAUUAAAAAUAAAAAUGCAAUAAAAAAAUAAUCUUACUAAAUAUUUUUUUUUCUGUUAAUUGAAAAAAUAAAAAAAAAACAAACAAAAGAAAAAUUGAUAAUGAAGUGCUUCUUUCUGUGACAUAAAAAAUAGUAUAUUUUGUGAUUUAUUAAAGAAGAAAAAAAUUUCAUUGCACAUAUUGUUUUAAACAUUAAAACAUAAAAAAACAAAACAAUAUAAAUUAUUCUUAAACAAAAAAAAUAAUAUAAAUAAAAUAAGAAUUUAAUUUUGAAUUAGAUGGUUUAUGUGAGACAACAACAAACAUAAAAUUAAUGUAUUAUUAUAUCUUAAAUGUAGAAACUAAAACUACAAAAAUUAAAACUUUGUUUAGUAGUAAGUUUAAUGUUAAAUUGAUUGAUAAUUGAAAAAAGAAAAACAAAAACAAA